AUGAACGCAGAGAUCUAUUCUGACGAUGGCUCGUACACGGAAAACCACGUAACUUGGGACUGGAAUCAGACCUUUUUGGAAACCAUGGAGAACCUAGGCAUUGACCCUUGCCCGGGUCCUAAGCUCGAAGGCUGGGUCCGAGAACAAAAGUUCGAGAACGUGUUCCAUCAGAAAAUCAAAAAUCCACUAGGCCCGUGGCCAAAAGAUCCAUGGUACAAAGACCUUGGACUCAUGAACCUAGCACAAAUGCUAGAUGGCUUAGAAGGCUUCACAUUACGGGUGUUCUGUGGUGCUCUCAAGCGGACUAAGGAGCAGGUUCUGGUAGAAGUUGCAAACGUGCGGAAUGAAAUGAAGACUGGCGCUUAUCAUGGACUGUAUGAUAUGUAA